AUGAAAGUAAAAACAGUGGGGGAGCAUACCGCAGGGAUUUGGACAUGGGAGAGGAAGACGGAGAGAAACUGGACAGGAAAGUCACAGAUUAUUGGGGAAGAUUCGCUCCAUCGCCGCGCCGCCAUUUCUUCCGGCCUCAGCCCCCACUCCGCUCCCGCCGCCGCACUGGCGAUGGAAUUCCAAAGCCCUUCUUCAGACAAACUACAACCUGUAAAGCAGUACCCUCCGCCGGCUUCUCCAUCAUCAUCCUCUUCCACCUCCUCGUCGGCGGCCAAUAUAAGAUUGUGGAAACCGGCAGCGCAGCGUAACCUGAGAAACCAAUGGUCAAAAUUGGCAUCUUUACGGCGUGAUUGGGUUUCUUCUUCCUCCACCGCUCGUUCUCAUGCCACUUCUCUUGUCAACUCCUAUCUUUCGCAAAUGUAUAUGAGUUCAAUGGAGCUUGGAGUUCUAAGUGAUAUGCCUGGUAUUCGGAAGAAGGCAUCUUUGAAGCUGUUCAAGCAACAGGAGCUUCAGCGGAAUAACCUCUUGGCAUCCUACAAAGAUUUGGUGGAUAUCGUAACACGGAUGGUCUACACGUCUAAAUCUAUGAGGUGCUAUGUUAAAGGAAUGAGCAAUAGUCCUCUAUCUCAAUUUUCUAUUUCUGCUGAGAUACAAGAUGAUUCUGGUGAUGGUGGAGGAGUUUCAGUCUUCAGCUUUUGGCCAAUAUCUCAAUAUGAAUUAUUAGCGAAGGAAUUAGUAGAGAUGUUCGUAUCAGAACUCAACUUGAAGAGGUUACUUCUGAUGGAGCUGCUUUCUCUUGGUCAUGAAAAUGUUUCAGAAAUCUCUGAUUUGAAUUGGUCAGAUGAAUUUUAUCCUGGAGAAUUUGAUUAUCUGGCUAUAUGUAACUUAUACUCUGACAAAGAUAGCCAGCCCGUUCUUCCAAGCUUUGGAAAAUGUAAUGCUGAAAUCGGUUCUUUGCAGCCGCAGCAUAAGCAAGACAGAGAUGUCUUACAGGUGUAUUUAACUACCUGGAUUGCUGAGGUCAACAUUGAGCGAAGCAGAGUGGAUGACAUCCUUUCCCUAGUUGGAGCUGAAAUGUGUGUCACUAUUACUUGA